AUGUCCAUAGUUAGAGGCCAGAUGAAAAACCAACUUAACUCAUACUCAUCAUCAUCAGAAGAUGAACAGCUCCAACUUGAAGGAGAAUCAGAUUACAGGAUUGAACAGGGACAAGAUUAUUUCCAUCCAACCGAAUUAAUCGAGGUAGAUCCGUCCAACAAGACACAUCGUUUACGUCCAGAAUUAGAGAAGAAAGAAGAAAACCUUGGCAUUGAAGUUCAAAAAAUGUUGGUACACGUCGAGAUUCGGAACAAUGAGAAACUCAAAUCAGAUUUACGUCCAGAAAACAAGGACCUUGGCAUUGAAGUUCGAAAAAUGUUGGAACAAGUUGAGAUUCGGAACAAUGAGAAGCUCAAAUCAGAUUUACGUCCAGAAAACAAGGACCUUGGCCUUAGUUCGAAAAAUGUUGGAACACGUUGA